GACAAGAAUGGGAAUGACACAAAGUGAAGGGGCGGGGCGAGACUAUGACCAAACAUAAGAAGCAACCAACAGCAACAAGGAGUUACCUACCCCAUGUCUUAACAGAUUGAUUUGAUGGAGGUGUCCUCAGGUGAUGAAACAGGCGAGGAGGAGAGAGAGAGAGGAAGAGACCACAGUCCAACCACUGCCAUGGAGUAAUGUAGCAAUCAAUUAAUAACUAAUUAUUUAUUUAUUUAUUUAUUAUUGAUUAGGGAUUGGUUUCAUUUAUUAUCUCAUGAAAUGUUCAAUCCUUAUUACAGACUCUCUGAAUAUUCCGCAAUUGAUGAUUAUAUGCUACAGAUCAAUCCAGACUCUAGUGUGUAUAAUGAAUAUUAUUUAGACUAUAUCAAGUUCAUUGGUCGUGUCUGUAGAAUGGCAAUAUGCCACAAGAACAUUGUUGAUGCAUUCUUCAUUUAUUCAGACAUAUUAUCUUUAUGUCAAAGGCUGGUAGUUCAUCAGGUUUCACAGUACAUACUCCACUGCACAUUUUACCUUGAUCAUAUACCUCCUUACAGUCAGUCACAAGGGAGACAAGCUACAUUUGUGAGUUAG